AUGGGUGCCGAGCUGAGUCGUCCCACUACAGGUUUGGAAAUUACGGAGCUGAAGGAGGACGCGCGUCGACGCGUGGGCAGUAGCAGCUCGUUGGACAGACGUGUUCAGGCUCAAAAAGCAAACAAUUUAUCCAUGUCCGCCAGCACCACGGCUUUAUCGACUCUGGUGCAACCGCUUAGCCGCAGUAGUAGUGGAAAUUCAAAGUCUAACUUCUUUUCGAGUAUGAGAAGAUCUCGCAAUGACAGCAAGAGCACACCACCAGACUCAAUGAGCGUCACAAUGGGUGGGGACCAGGCAGUCGAGAGUCUAGACUUGCCUAUUGUAGAGUGGGAGGGAUAUGUUACAAAAAGAGGCCACUUGGUUAGGAAUUGGAAGAUGCGCUUCUUCACAUUGGAGGGAAAUCUCGUGUCAUAUUAUGAAAAUAAGGUCGAGGCACGUAAUCGUAGUCAUUUGAAAGGCCGGGUGAAUGUGGCGUCAGUCAAGGUGGAUAAAGUGGCCAAAAAUGGCCACGGCUUUGAUUUUUCCUUCGAAACAACCGAGGGAAAAGUCUUUCAUUGUAGUGUUCCGACUCAUUUCGAUCAGCUCGCUUGGGUCCACUUUCUUGAAGCCGGAAUUGACAUGGCAAGCAUGCGUCAGAACAACAAACCAGUGUAUGGCACGUACCGCAAUAGUGCGCUUCCAGACAUGCACACAGAUAAGGCAUACGAGACGUAUCGUACCAUGUUAGGGGGUGAUCCGUCCGUCGUGACAGAGCUGCUAUCGUAUUUCAACAAGGAUCUCGUUUUUUCGUCUUCAUAUCCGAAAAGCACGCCCUUCAGUGGUGAUUAUUUUGGCCGGGAAGGACUGCUGCACUUUCUUGGAGCGUUCCAAAGCAACGUAGAUUUGAUUGAAAUGAAGGUAGAGAAAUGCGAGCUGGAUGCAAACGGUAAAAGUUUGACGGUAAAAGGCACCGAGACACUCAAAAGUAAACAUUCUGGCACAAUUAUUACGCAGUCGUGGUCGCAUCGUGUGCGCUUUGGUCCGUAUGGCCGUAUCUUACGCUUCCGUGUCGACGUAGAUCUCAAGAACGCAACAGGAAAUUGGAAGACGUUUAGUGUUAAGAAUCCUUACUCGGAAUUGUCGGAUGCCUCUAUCCGAUCCAAUCGGUCACUUAGUAUCUCGUUGAAGGAUUUUACAGUCUACAAUGUAAUUGGGAAAGGUGGAUUUGGUACCGUUGUGAACGCAGUGAAGAAAAGCGAUGGACAAAUCUACGCUCUCAAGAUCUUAGAAAAGAGCAAAAUGACCAAGUACGAUGUCGAGAGCUCAUUUACAGAAAUGCGUGUUGCCCAGAAUAUCCACCACCCAUUUAUUGCAGGACUUCGUAUCGCUUUUCAAAGUAGAACUAAGCUUUUUUUGGGAAUGAAUUACUAUGGUGGCGGUGACUUGUUUCACCACAUGAGUAAAGGUUCUAGCUGUCAGAUACCGUCUGACCGAGCACAUUUUUACACGGCAGAAUUGGUACUAGGUAUCCAUCAUUUGCAUCAGCACGACAUUUUGUACCGUGACAUUAAGCCCGAAAACGUCAUGAUUGACGCUGAUGGUCAUGUCGCACUUGUCGACUUUGGACUUGCUAAGCUACACGUAUCUGAGUACAAGGGUGCAAAAACCAUGGCCGGAUCGCCGCAGUACACCGCACCAGAGCUACUCUUACCGAAAGCAAAGCGCUCGUAUGGUAAAGCAGCAGAUUGGUGGAGCCUCGGAAUUUUGCUAUACGAGAUGAGUGUAGGCAAAUCUCCUUUUUAUGACAACAACAUUGAAAAGAUGUACCACAAAAUCCAGAAUGACCCUCUCAUCUUCCCUUCCAAGCCAGCACUAUCGGACGAGCUCAAGUCGAUUCUUCGAAGCUUCUUACAAAAAGACCCGACCAAGCGUCUUGGUACAAAAAUCAGUGACAUUCUCGAGCAUCCAUUCUUUCGAGGAAUUGAUUGGGACUUGCUGCUCAAGAAGCAAAUCACUCCGCCAUGGAAACCCAAAUUAUCGUCGCCUCUUGACGUGGAAUAUGUGGACACAGAAUUUACAGAUCUAGAUGUACAUAGUGAAGUGCAGUCGCCAACAGACAAGUCUGCAGCCAAGUCGAAGGGUUUCUUGUCGCUUGUAUCUAGUCGAAGUAGCCGGGAUAAAGCAGCUCCACCGGUUCAAGACCCGACUUUUAAAGAUUUUACCUAUUUCUGCGAAGACCCUGAUGCUCUCGUUGAAGUGACGCACCUCGUGUCAGAAUUGCGGCCUUCUCCUCCACCUACAGAACCUACGCCCACUUCUCCGCCCAAUGAUGAGGAUUCAGACGAGUCGAAUCGCCAUUCAGAACCCGAAAACUUAAUGCCUUCAGAGUGCGAGGGUACACCAUUGUCAUCAUUUGUAGAAAAUGGUAUUUUAAAUCCGGUGUCCAUUUCUCCGCAGCAGUUGCACGAUGGAUUACUGAAGUUGGAAGCUUCGAUGACUGAGCAAUUUGAACGCGUCGAAGUAACUAUUUCCCGUGAGCGACCACCUGCUAAAAAGCGAAAUGGUAGUUUGAGUUCAAGUAAAGAAGAGGAAAAGGAUGUUGUCCGUGUGGAAAAGCUCAUAAUCUCGCCUCACUCAUCGCGCAUCGUUGCCCCAGCACUCACAAUUAGCCCCAGCGCUGAUCCUCAGACUAUGUCUGAAGCUAGUGAUUUUACAAGCCCCGAAGCGAGUUUGCGAGUCUCCCGCGAGGACCAUUCCGCUGAAAGCCAUACAGAGGCUAAUAAUAGUCAGCAGAUAGUGGAGGCAGAAUUCUAG